AUGGCGCAGAUUCUAACUCUAACACCAACGCCACCGUCUUACACAAUCCGUGCCCAGCGCCACCGGCAAACCUCAGUCCCGCCGAAGCUGGCCGUGACGGCGAGCGCGACUCAGACCUGGACUUCGGUUUUGCGUUCCGUCAAGUGCAACGGCAGGUUUACUUGUCUAUUCUCCAACAAUCGGAAACAGGAAGAGGCUCUAAAAGCCUUGGAGAGUGCACUCGAUGGCAAGAAAACGGAAUUUGAGAAAUGGGACAAAGAAAUCAAGAAGAGGGAGGAAGCAAGCGGAGGUGGAGAUUCUGCACAACAAGCAGGUCUUACUAUUUUAGGCAUUAUUUUCGUGUUUUUGGUAUUUGCAAAGGGCGACAUGAUGCUUGCCGUCAUUCUCAAUCCAUUGUUGGUCACCUUACGAGUGACACGAACUGGGCUUACACUUUUGAUGUCGAAGGUUAAGAGCCGGUUAUAUGGGGAUACUUUUCGUGGGCCACAGCAGGAGGUGGCUGAACCAGUACGUGUUUCGGCUAAAGAACGAGUGGUGGGAAAAUGGGGGAGCAGUUGA